AUGAUCGAGCUUAUCUCUAAAGUUCCCGAUGGCAGAAUUCCCGCGAAAGCACCUAAUGAAUUUAUCAUUUAUAGAAAAGUUUGUGUAGAAACAACUCGCGAGAACAGGCAUUAUUUGCCAAUGACUAUUGUAUCUUCUAUGGCGUCACGAAGCUGGGAAUCUGCUGACAAGACUGUCAAAGCCGAAUAUCGUCGAAUAGCUAAAGAAGCUUUGAGGGUACGUAACGAGAUGUACCCCAAAUCUGGAAGACGUAAAAGAAAAGAUAGAUGGAACAUCGUUAGUUUCGAUCCGCCAGCACCUCCUUUAAAUAAAAAUGAGAGAAGACGUAAAAAUAGAAGUCUUAAUACAAAAAGCAUUAAAGAGACAAUAAACAAUAAAAAUAUUGAACCUAGAGAUACUAGAUCUAUUUUCACCAAACAAUCUUUCGAACUCCGAUUCCGCAUUAUUAUAUCUAGCUGA